CUUUAUAUAGUUUCUAUGUAGUAGAUUAUGCUUUUUAAAUAUGUUGCAAAUCAAAAAAAUAGGUUGGCCCGCUGGGAGCCCAGACGCAAACAGACGCGCGGUUAAAAUAUGUUCACGGGACGACGCAAACAAACGCUCGCGACAAAUCCGAUAUACGUCGGCGCGUUAGAGAUGCCCUCACUGCGACGAGGACUCAAGGUGAAUUCGGGCAGGAGAUCUAUUCAGAGUUUUUUUUUUUUUGAGGUUGAUCUAUUCAGUGCUUUUUUUUUGGAGGGAUGAUCUAUUCAGAGCUAGACCAGGCUUAUUGCGGUCUUCGCUUAGUCAAAUUGGGCUUUGGGGAAGAGACGGAUCAAAUGCAACAACGUCCCUCUGCAGUUAUUCGUAGAACGUCAGAGGAUCUCGUUCCGAAAAUUUGGGGUUUCAAUUUUCUUCUUGUGAAUGAUGUAUACCCUGUUCAGUUAUAAAAUGCAAAUUAUACCGUUAGUACCUCUUGCAGCCAUGUCGAUCAUGUUAGAGCAUCUCCACCGGCACCUCCAUACGACAACCUCAAAAUAUUUUUUCUUUUUACAGUAUUUUGAAAUAACAUAUCAAUCACAUUUUAUUCAUACUAUAUUUAAAUAUUCAUACAAUCACACAAAUAGAAAUUAAAUUAUUCAUACCAUCAAACAAAUGAAAAUUUAAUAAUUCAUAAAAUCAAAUAAAUAGAAAUUAAAUCAUGCAUUGUUGGCGGCUCCUCUCCUCACCCAUAAAUGCGCACCUAGAUCUGCUUGAAGUUGAGCAUGAACACAUGUAUCUCGGAUUUCAUGAUGCAUGUGAAGGAAAACGCCAAAUUCUUGAGGAACAUGCUCUACCUCAGCAAGAGGCUUUUGAUAAUCAAAUGGUUUGAUCAUCAUGCACAGGUUCAUCGCGCUCGCUCUCAAUGUUCAUGUUGUGCAAGAUCACACAUGCGUUCAUCACCUUCCACAUCUGAGACUCAGACCAAGUGAGAGAAGGGUACCUGACAACGGCGAAACGUUGUUGAAGCACCCCCAAAAGCACGCUCAACAUCCUUGCGAGCUGUUCCUGGCAUGUUGCAAAAUAAGCGUCCAUCUUCGAAGCUGGAGAUGGGGCGAAACAGCGGCCGCUGGUCAAGGGGUGGCGGCCGUGUCGAUGGACGGCAGUUCCUGGACAUGCGGCGGUGUCUAUUGCAAGCAGAGGGCGACGACGACGAUGAUGGUGGCGAUCUAGAGGGGUGGGAGUCGGCUCGGGCGUGGGUGGGAGGUGGGGAAAGCGGUGUGGCUGCCAGGCGGAGCCCACACGCGGUUUCUGACGUGCCACGAGGCGCCGACGCGUACGAUCUGCGCCCUCUACGAAGGGGCCGGCACGGGGUUGCCGGCGCUUCUAUUGGGCUCUAAAACUAGACGGCGCCUUUUGAGGUGCACCGGUGCUAGCCCAAAAAUCACGCCGGCCCCUAAAACACUAUCGGGGCGCAAUGGGGCGCGCCGGUGGAGAUACUCUUAUCUGAGUGCCAUCUGGCAUUUGGGGGCUAGGUGUUUGAAUCCAGAUCGUGUAAAAUUCUUCCCGUCCUUAGUAUUAAAAUCAAGGUUGGGUUGCUCGGUUCACUUGUGAAAACCUUUUAGCAGGCUGCGUAGCACCGAGUUGUCCAAGUGGUUCCUUGUGAUUGAUAGUAUGAUUAUCUUAUAAGCUGACAUACGAUCAAUUUCCAUUCGUGGGAAUGUGAAGGUACAGAAUUAGUCGCAACCUUGCAUGACAGUGACCUCAUCAGAAAUAAGAAGUCAUAAAGUUUUCGAGUAAUCAAAACCAUACUGAUCGCGCAACCGAAUAUGACAUCUUUUGUCAGUGGUUGACUGUAUCUACUGCGCAUAUAUUGGAUUGAAGUAUCUGCCUUGCCAUACAUGUAAAGCAUAAAUAACUGGGGCUAUUCGGUGAACAUAAUCCUGUGAAGGCCGGCAAGAUGACUAGGGAGUAGAGACUGAUGGGGUGAUGGUUACUGACUUUGUCAUGACUCACAGGUGCCGGAAUAUUAGGUCUGGACCAAGCAAGAUUCUGCAUAUACUUAAUAUCCUAAGUCCGGACAAAUGAGAACUUGGUUCCAUAUCAUAUCUAUUAUAAUCAAGAAUCCAUUAAAUUAGGAUUCAUCUUGAAAUCGUCCAGAAACACUGUACUUUCUUAAAUUUGAAAUGCUGACAAAACUUGCUUUUCAACAGAAAAACUCAUUUCAUAAUCAUUUAGUUUUAUUCGAGUUUUUUUGGUUCCUGUAUUGUUUUUGAAGAAUUGUGGCCAGGUCUACAUAGUGUUACUGAACUCAGUUUUCCUGGUUUUGUACUUUUGUAGAAUAUUAUCGUAUUACUUUUCUUGAAUUAGUAUAACCUUACACUAUUUUGAAGUCAUAACUAAUAUUAACUCUUGCAUAUUAGAAGUGGUUGGUAGUCUCUGCCAAAGGCCGACAAGAUGAGAGACAACAACCGAUUUGCUGAGUGUGACAUGUCCCACUAGUAGAAUAAUCAAGACCCUGCUUAUCUAACAUAAAGUAGUUGGAGAGAGGAGGACUCGCUAAAAUACAUACAUACAUCCAGGCUUUAUUUGUCCAGAUCUAUUUGUUCAACAUUGUCCAAAGAAUGUAAAGUUUUUUUUUUCGUAGUCUUGGAAGCUAAUCUUGCAAAAAAGUUUUUUAUGAAUAUAAUUUUAAGCCGGUCAAAUUAAUUUUAUCCAGAUCUCUGACCAUAUCAACUAUUAAGUCUCUAAUACAUAUCCUAAUGCCAUAACAUUUCCCUGUUUACACAUUCCCAACUUACUGAACUCCUUGCAAGAAAAUGACAAGUAUUCAGCAUAUAUAGAUACAUGCACAUUCUUGCAGCCAUUCCCCAAUGGAGAAAGCACUAGCAUUUCUCUGCUACUUCUUUUUCUUCUUCUGUUCACAUGCUCUGGUAACCCCACGGAGCAGCAACGAGAUAGCGUCGGAUGAGUUCGCGCUCCUCUCCGUCAAGUCCAUGCUGUCGGCAAGCACAUCUGAGGACUUGCUGGCCUCAUGGAACACGUCCAGCCACUACUGCCGCUGGCCAGGAGUCAUCUGCGGUGGCCGGCGGCACCCUGAGAGAGUCGUCGCUCUGCGCUUGGGCUCUGCCAAUCUGUCUGGGCGCAUCUCGCCGUUUAUGGGAAACUUAUCUUUUCUCAAGGAGCUGAACCUUGGCAAUAACCAGCUUGCUGGGAAGAUACCUCCGGAGAUCGGUCGUCUUCUCAGGCUUCAGGUGCUGAACUUGAGCACAAAUCAUCUCCAAGGAAGCAUUCCUGUUGCUCUGGUAGAGUGCACGAAUCUCACAAUUCUUUUCCUUAGCUUUAACCAACUCCAAGGUGAGAUUCCUGUCAACAUAGGGUCUUUAAGAAAUCUCAAGAUUUUAGCCAUCUCAGAAAAUCGUUUGUCAGGACAGAUCCCUCAAUCGCUGGCAGAUUUUCAUGUGAUUGAAAACCUGGCUUUGAGCCAGAACAGAUUAUCUGGUGAGAUACCACCUAGUUUGGGAAAUCUCUCCAGCCUCUCGGGUCUUGCUCUUGAUGGCAACACUCUGUCAGGAACUAUCCCGUCGUCUUUGGGGUUCUUAUCCAGAUUAAGUUGGCUCAACUUAAGCUUCAAUAAUUUAAGUGGAGUGAUCCCCAUUUCUAUUUGGAACAAUUCCUCUUUAAGAGUGUUUUCUGUCCAGAAAAAUAUGCUAAGCGGUACAAUACCUCCAAAUGCAUUCAGUAAUCUUCCCCAUAUGCAGAGGAUAUUCAUGGACUCUAACCAGUUUCAUGGCCACAUUCCACCUUCGAUAGCUAAUGCUUCUGACAUGUCAGUACUUCAGCUCUUGGAUAACCUUUUCAGUGGUGGUGUGCCUCCAGAGGUUGGAAGAUUAAAAAAUCUCACUUGGCUGCAGCUCUCGGGAAAUUUGCUUCAAGCUAAAGAGCCCAAAGAUUGGGAAUUCAUGACUGCAUUAACGAAUUGCUCCCAAUUAAAAAGUUUGGGAUUGGGUCUCAAUAUGUUUGAGGGUGUUCUCCCUGAUUCAGUUUCCAAUCUUUCUACUUCCUUAAAGGUUCUCGUCUUUGAAGGAAACAAAAUAUCAGGAAGCAUCCCUAAAGACAUAGGUAAUCUCAAUAGCUUGCAAAAUCUCUUCCUUUCUAAAAACUCUUUCACUGGACCUCUUCCUUCUUCCUUGAGUCAUCUAAAAAGCUUGGGCAGGCUCAGUGCAUCUGAAAAUAAAAUUAGUGGGUCAAUUCCAUCGGUCAUAGGAAAUCUUACCGAGCUGAUAUAUUUGAACCUCGGGAUGAAUAAAUUCAGCGGUAGGUUACCAAGCUCGCUUGGGAAUCUAACAAAGCUGUUGGAACUAGGACUUGGUAAUAAUAACCUUAUAGGUACGAUUCCCAGCGGAUUAUACGACAUCCCCACUCUCUCAAAAAAUUUAGAUCUAUCCCAUAAUAUGUUGGAGGGAUCCAUAACACAACAAAUAGGAAAUCUGAAAAAUCUUGUAGCAUUCCGUGGACAGUCAAACAAAUUCUCAGGUGAGAUACCUGCCGCCCUUGGUGAAUGCCAACUUCUCCGGUAUCUCUUUCUCCAAAAUAACAUCCUAAAUGGCAGCAUCCCAUCAGCCUUGAGUCGUCUGAAAGGUCUAGAAACUCUUGAUGUCUCAAGCAACAAUUUAUCGGGCCAGAUACCAAAGUUCUUAGGGGAUCUUACUACUCUCUCUUAUCUCAACCUUUCAUUCAAUAGCUUUGUUGGGGAAGUGCCAAACAUUGGAGUUUUCACAAAUGCUACAGCAGUAUCAAUCCAAGGCAAUGAAUUGGUUUGCGGUGGCAUACCUGGCCUACAUUUGCCUCGUUGUUCUUUGCAAUCAGGAAAGAGGAAGCACAAAUUUCCGGUGGUACCCGUGAUUAUUCCUCUUAUUGCAACACUGCUUGUUCUUGCAUUACUCUACAAGCUUGUUAAUUGGCGCAAGAGAAGUAAAAUAAAUAUCCCUAUAACAACAUCCGUGAAAGGCCACCCAUUGAUCUCUUACUCAGAGUUGGUAAAGGCCACAGAUGGUUUCUCAACAAGCAACUUGUUGGGCUCUGGAUCAUUUGGAUCAGUAUACAAAGGAGAAUUAGAUCAACCAGGUGAAAGUGCAAGUCUUGUUGCUGUGAAGGUACUGAAACUACAAACUCCCAUGGCGCUCAAGAGUUUUACUGCCGAAUGCGAAGCCCUGCGAAAUAUGCGGCAUCGGAAUCUUGUCAAGAUUAUUACAGUUUGUUCAAGCAUUGAUACUAGAGGGAAUGAUUUCAAAGCAAUAGUGUAUGACUUUAUGCCGAAUGGUAGCCUAGAAGGUUGGCUACAUCCUGACAAAGAUGACCAACCUGAACAGAGGCACUUGGAUCUCCUUGGAAGAGUGACCAUAUUACUGGAUGUGGCUUGCGCGUUGGACUAUCUUCAUUGGCAAGGCCCCGCACCCAUUGUGCAUUGUGAUGUUAAGUCAAGCAAUGUGCUCUUGGGUGUUGAUAUGGUAGCCCAUGUUGGAGACUUUGGACUUGCAAGGAUUUUUGACGAGGGAAGCACAUCUCUUCAGCAAUCGACGAGCUCAAUGGGACUUAGAGGGACAAUUGGUUAUGCUGCCCCAGAGUAUGGUGCUGGCAAUGUGGUAUCAACAAAUGGAGAUAUUUACAGUUAUGGAAUUCUAGUUUUGGAAACAGUAACUGGGAAAAAGCCCACUGAUACUGGAUUCAGACAAGGAUUAACCCUCCGGGAAUAUGUUGAGCUGGGUCUAGAUGACAGAGUGAUAGACAUUGUGGACACACAGCUUUCGCUGGAGCUUGACAAUGGACUUCAGAUGGCAAAUGAUUCUCUCUAUAGAAGAAAGAUUGAUUGGCUUGCUUCACUACUUAGACUUGGAAUGUCUUGCUCUAAGGAAUUGCCAUCAAGUAGGACACCCACCGGAGAUAUCAUCAAGGAACUGCAUGCAAUGAAAGAGUCUCUCGAGAGCAUCCAGCAUGUGAAAGAUGGAAAAUAUCCAUAGAGUGAUGUCAUGCUGGAAUGAUUUAUGUAUUGGAUGAUUUGUUGCUCACAGAUAUCCUUGAACUUCUUUCUGAUCUGAUUCCUAUGGUGUCAUUUCCAGCAGUUCAUUUUUGACCAUGGCUCGAUGUAUGCUCACAAUUGUACUUUGCAUGUCACCGCAUCUUUGUUUGUAAUGCAUCAGUAUUUUGCAACUAUUCCGUGUACAAACUUUGAUUGAUUUUC